AUGGACGACACCAACAACACGUCAAGUCCUGGAAACGCUGGUCUGCAGCGGCGGCCUUCACUAUCUCAGCUCUCGGAUAACCAAUUGCUUGCCGUCUUCGAUUCUGGCUUUGGUCCUUCCAAGCUCAACACGAUUGGAUACGACGAAUGUGCAAACUAUUAUUCAGACGACUCGGAUGAUUUCGAUGCCACUUCGACCACCGACGACGCCAACCCUCCUGAGAAACCCCUUGCUCCCUGCGAUCGCGAGGAUUGCGUAGCGAAACUCGCUCAACAAAUGUCUCGUAUCACCAUCCUCGAAGGCUUCAUGCAGCUCAGAGCACGCAACAACACCAGAGACCAAUCGCCCGAUACCCCAGUCAAAGAAGAGCCCAGCCCGCAUCACCCAAACUGCAUACAUUCCCAAAUCAAAAUCCUCGAACAAAGGAAAAAGGAGAUGCGAGAAUUGCUCGACGAGGCCAUGCGCGGGAGAAAAGAGAUGGGCAAGCGCGAGGCAGAAAUGGAUGAAAGAAUGCUCGACGUCGCCAAGAUGCUGGACUCGGUUCAAGAAAAAGAGACUCAGAUCGGUGCUACUCACCACGCCAUCACUGUCAGAAUGGAUGCCCUGGACGAAAAACUCGAGCUGGUCAAAAGGAAGAAUCCGCACUCGUGGACCGCAAAAAGACCUCAAAGUCCGAGAGCAGGUCAUCGAAGAGCACACCAAAAACUCGAAACCAGCCAGGAAACAUUCNAAAAGCAAUCCGCCAUGUUGACCAAUAUGUUGCGUCAACAGCACGAUGUCAAGUCGAAGCUUGAUGUAGCCAAGGAUGCUCUUGAUGCGCAUGAACAUUCCGUGCUGCAGAGGGAGGCUGCUGUCACCAAACGAGAAUACAUCCUAGUGCAAAGAGAAAAGGCGUUGCUUGCCCACGAACAAGCCGUUCACAGAUACGUAGCGCAACACCGCCAGAGCGAAGAAGAAUUCAAACAGCGGAUGCAAGAGUUGAUGCAAGAAUCGUUGCAGAACACUGUGAGAGAUCUGCCUUCGGAGGAAAACAAACAUGUUUCCGAGGCCGCUGAAGAGGUACAUUUCAUUCACACAGCUCAAAAGCGACAUAUAUUGACCAAGUUGCAGGAACCUGUGCAAGAGGAAGUCACGUCAGCUUCGCAUGCCCCUGAGGCGACCAUCUCUCCACAGCCCUCUUCAUACACUGAAGCACCUAUCCCGAGCUCAAUGAUACCUCCAGUCAGACAGCGUAGAGAGUUGUACGGCAGGCCUGACUCUCGCUUGACCAGACGCAUUCGAUGA